UCAAAUAUAAUAUAUUUUGUAGCCCUAAUCUCCCUAAUCUCUCGCUCACUCACUCCCUCGUUCCUCUCUCUCUGCUUCAUCUCUCGCUGUAGCCCUAAUCGAAGUUCUCUCUCGAUUUCGAUUUCGAAAUCUAUGUUUCGGUUAUUCUUUCUCAAUUUCGAAGCUUAUUUUGAAUCUGAGAAUAAUUGUUAAAGCCUUUGUAAACCCUUAUUUUGAAUCCUCAAGCCUUCAAAUCUCGCCUCUAUCUCAACCCUCUCUAAACCCUUAUCAUUCUCACAGAUUCAUCUUUGAGAUUCAGAGCGAUUUCGAUUUCGAUUUAGAAGCUCCACCGUCACCACCGUCUGUACCGGCUCGAUUUCUCUGAUAGUAAUGCAGAUGAUAUAUUUGGGGGUAGAUCUUUAAUGGGUCGGAAUCUUCUUCAUGCCAAGAAAGCAAAAUAUAUGACGAUUGAACAUUAACAUAUGGGGGUUUAUCAAUACGAAGUUCUCUCUCUCUCGAUUCCUCUUCAGCUCGGUGAUUCCUCGUAGUGAUUCAUCUCAGAGGGGGAACGAUGACAUUUGCAUGCCUUUGAUUCAACAUUCAGGCAAGGACUCUGUUUUUUUAAAUGGAAAUUGAGGCAGGAUAUGUUAUAACAGAAGCAAUUCUGAAGAUUGAUACUGAAAGACCUUUUGUGAUUAAAUUUGCAUUGCUUCUUGCUGGUCUGGGAGCAGCCAGGACAGGAAUAUGAGAAGCCCUUUCGAAUCACUAUAUAUCCAGCCAUCCUUCGAAUCUAUUAGUUGGUUGUGGAUUCACUUAGUAGUCAUCCCACUAUUCGGCCAAUGUCACAUCAACAACAAUCUCAUGUAUUUUCAUCCCAAGAGUAUCGGUUCACCUUUCAAAGAAAGAGAAGAAGAAGAAGAAGAAGUAACAAGAUAGGAACUUUCUUAAGUCCUAAUAUAGCUACCCCAACUUGAACGUGCUUCGCGCCGCGCUGCGAUAUCCAGACCGGAGUUGGACUGACCUGCUAAAUUUUGAGCCGACCUACCGAUACAGUGGAAAACGAAGGACCAGGGUAACUGACUUUUUGCUAGAAGCCUCUCCUGAACCGGACCCAUCCUUGCCUCAAAUCAACCUUAUCCUACUUACUGCCGAACAAGAAAUGGCCAAGAAGAGAGCCGUGCGAGCCCUUCUUACCGAAACAAACCCAACUGAGGUACCUCCAGCCGGUCAGCCUUAGGAGACCGUGGUGGCCCUUCCAUCUCAUCAACCCUCAUCAUCCCGCCAAAGGAAGCGUGCCCGGACUACUCCAACCGAGCAACGUCUGGUUGAUGAAGACGAAACCGUGGUUCCCCAAACCACUCUACCAACUCCUCCACCGAGCCCACAGCCGGAGCGUUCAGACCGAGCUAGCUCUUCUAAGUGGGCUCCAAAAAUCACCUUUCAGAACCGUGCUAUCACGGAUUCUGACUCAGUGGUCGCAGAGAAAGACCACCUGAUGGCAUUCAACCUGGCUAAAGGUGUUUGCCUUCCAGCCGACAUGAGGCACCACAACCACCUGACCGAGCUAAAGGCCCUUCGCUCGUCCACAAAAUCCAUGGUGCUGGCUAUACAGAAAAACCACAUUGCGCACAGGCGAGUGUUGGAACUUAAGAAAAGAAUAAGGCAGGCCAUGGCAGAAGCGGAUGCCAAAUCGGUCGAGCUGAAAGAAUGUCAACAGAAGACGGCCGAGCUAGAGGCCGAGGUGACCCGUCUAACCGGACUAGUUACCUCAACUAAUACUGAUAAACAAAAGGCUCUGGCCGUGAUGAAAGAAAAAUACCUGCGUGAGCUAGCCAAGCUUGAAGGAAAAAAGAAAGCCGAAAUAACGGAGCUUGAGAAGAAGCUGGAGGCUGCAGAGGACCGGGGCUUUAAAGAGGGUGAAGCCCUAUACAUCAAGCAGUGUGAAGCUGCAAAGGAUCUCUUCUUUAAAUGCGGGUGGAGGGGUGCUGUGGUGCAGCUCGGUCAUGGGCCUGAGACCGAGGUCUUCAAUCCUCCUCAAUACUUCAUACCGAGCUCACUGGCGGAGUAUGUUGCUACCACUCAGCAGCGGUUUCUUGAAGAUUUAGAUGAUGAAGAAACCGUGCCCAAUGAUACCUCGGUUGUCAAUGAUCCCGCCUGUCAGUCGGCUCGGUCGGAGCCAACGGUGGAAGACCUGACUUUCGAACUACCAACUGAAACCGUGCUUCCAAUCGAGACCAUACUCCCGACCGAAACCGAGCUUCCAACUGAAAUCGGGCUGCGAGUUGAACUUGAUGCGGAUCUUGAUGAUCUGUUUGCCUGACUUUCAUUUCUCUUCUUUUUGCUUGAUUUCUGUAUUUUCUUUUCUUUGCUUUUGGACACAGAUUGUAACCAGGCUGAGGCCCCAUCCUUUGUACUUGCUUUGAAUUUUUAAUGAAGUCUGCUUUUUUGUUCCAACUCUUAUUUCGGUUGAUCUCUAUGCUUAUACUUUACUUUCUAGCUGAAGUCUUGGAUGCGGUACAGCAUUCUCUUGCCGAGAUACUUUAUCCCGGUG